UCCAUGUUACCAGCCCUCACCAGAAAUAAUUUGUCUACAGAAAUGAGACCAAAAGCGACUUGAGCGGCAGCAUGCAGCGGGUGGAGCUGCUGUCGGAGCGGGCCGCCGCCACGAACCUGGAGACGCGCCGCAGCCGGGAGAUGCAGCGUCAGCAGAGGAUUUUUGAUAACAACAUGAGAACAAUCGGGGUUGAUAAGGAAGCCCUGGACAAUCAAGUGAGAGAAAAGCAGAAACAGGCAGAAGCGGAGAAAGAGUUUCUGGAUGCACACGCUGCAGACAUGCUGUGCGAUAGCAAAGCAGCGUGCCUCCUGGACAGCAGACAGGUGAAACAGGCGCGUGCGGUGGAAAAGGCCAUCAGCCAGUACAGACGGAGCUUCCAGCAGCCCAGCAGCCGGCGGGAGUUCGACCUGAACGACCCCGAGCGCCUUCGAAACACAGACGCCGAGGGCGCUCAGAUGAUGCUUCCAGGCCUGGUGGGCGAGGACCCGGACAGCAAGACCAGAGUGCAGAGACAGAGGGAGCAGCUCCGGCUCUGGUCCCUCCAGCAGCAGCGGGAGCGGGCGGCAGCGAGGCAGCAGCAGCGGAUGGACGAUCAGCAGUACGACCAAAGCAGAGUCAGCCUGGACAACAAAGCUCUCCAGCUUGAGAAAAUUGAGCAGGAGAGGAGGAAGGCGGCAACUCUUGCUACUACGGACUACAACCUGGCCAUGUGGGCGCAGAUGGAGGACAGGCAGCGUCAGCAGAAGAAACAUGACGACGAGAACAAUCGAGCAGACAUCCUGAACCACCUGCAGGAGGAGCAGGUCGGUGAUGAAGUCAGACCCAUCCUGGGAGUGCUGGGAGUGCCCCGUCUGCGGCCCAGCACUGACAGGAGAGCCCCUCCUGAAAGCCUGCAGCAGAUCCAGCAGUUCCAGCAGUAUCAAAUAGAGGAGAAGAAGAGGUUGGAGCUGGAGAGAAAGCAGGAAGAGGAGCGACAGGAGUGUCUGCGCGUGGCCUCGGCUCGCGCUGCUCUGCUGCUCGAGAGGCAGCAGACGAGACUCAACAAGCAGCUGAGACGAGAGCUGGACGGCACCAACACCAAACUGGCUGAUGCACAGAGACAACAGAACCGAGCGUUUGGAAAGGGAGGCAUCGGCAGCUUUGAUGACAGCUUCUUCUCCAAAUUCAACACCAGCAGCCGAUGA